CACUAUCAAACUUCUGACAUUGUUCAAAUAUCGAGUUCGAAACAUUCCAAAACUUUAUAGUUAAUACUAGUACUGAAGACAUAAAGUGAAAUAUGGAUAUUUUUAAAAAUAUAUUACCUUCAAGAUUGUUCGAAGUGACUGAAAAAGCUGGAAUUAAUACACCAAAACAAAUAAUAGCCCUUUCAGUUUGGGAUAUAAAAAAAUUAACAAAUUUAAAAAAGGAAGAUAUAGUAAUGCUUAAAAACAUUGUGACUCUGCAUUUUUGCCCAGUUAGCUUUACGGGAGAAAAAUUAGGCAAACAUGAAAUAAAACUCAAGACUGGUUGUAUAGCUAUUGAUAAUGCUUUAAAUGGAGGUUUCAGAAAAGGAACAUUGACAGAAAUAUACGGGGAGAGUGGUACUGGAAAAACUCAGUUGGUAAUGCAAGUAGCAGCUCACUGUGGCAGUGAAGGAAGUGUGUUUAUUUGUACAGAAGAUUUAUUCCCUGUUAAAAGGUUUGAUCAAAUAAGAAAAAAUAUUUGUAAUAACCAAGAUAUUGACUAUAAUAAUAUGUUUGUUGAACACCUCACUGAAGCUCAUGAACUAGUUGCCUGUGUAAGAGUACGUUUGCCGAGGUUGCUUAGUACAAAUAAAGUAUCAGUGGUCAUUCUUGACUCUGUAGCGGCUCCAUUUAGAUGUGAAUAUACAAAUUAUGUGCAAAGAGCUGAAGAACUUAAAGAACUAGGAAUGCUAUUAUAUCAAUUAGCACAAAAAUAUAACAUUGCAGUUAUCUGUGUAAAUCAAGUCACAUCUACUUUUGAUGACUCUGAUAAUGUCUUGCCAUCAUUAGGUCUUGUCUGGUCCAAUAUGGUAUGUUACAAACUAAAAAUUAAAAAGUCUUGUAAUACCUGGUAUACAAAGGGCCAAGAUAUUACAAUACGGGAAUUAAAAAUUGUAAAUGCCCCAGAUUUAACAAUUGCAGAUGUGAAAUUCAUUAUAACAGCGAAUGGUGUUGAAAAUGUUUUAUAAAAAAAUACAUAAUAAUAUGUAGAUUACUCCAAUAA